CGAGUUACGAGUCACACAAGAGUUUUAUUUGCAUUGAAAAGUAUUUACACGUUCCAUCGACAAUUUGCAAGUUCACGAUAAUAUAUAAAAUAAUAUAAAUAAACAAAAUCUUGUGAUCGUUCGUGUAGACUUUUAUUUUAUUGUGUUAUUUAUAUAAUUAAGUGUUAUUAUGGAUAUAGGAAAUAAUUAUCACGUUGGUCACUUGGUUUUUGAAUAUUUAAAACGUUACCCGGACGUCGUUCAUCAGCUGUUUCAGAAAGCGCAAUAUAAUUGAAAUGCAACAAUAAUAUUGUAAUUUUAACAAUAAAAUAAUAAUAAGUUUGUAGAUGGAAUUAUAUAAUUUGUAGACCUGUUGAAUGUUAUAUUCGACAAUUUUAAUGUGAGAAAUAGAGAUAGAUGCUGGAACUGGUGAUGAGGAAACAUACGCAUCAGUAUUAUCUAGAUCUAUCCGUCUCGCGAGAUCGCUUAGAUCAUUUGGACUGAAACCGGGAGACGUUUUAGCUAUUGGAGGAAGAAACCACUUAGAUAUUCACAUUCCGUUUUACGCGGCUCUCUUUAAUGGUUUACCAAUUAUGGGCGUUGAUCCGUUUUUCAAAUACGAUGAAAUUUGUACAUUGUUUAAAAAGACAAAACCAUCAAUAGCGUUUUGCCAGAGCGAAUCCAUCGACAUUUACGCGAAAGCUGCAGCCAAUCUUGGAUUAGAUAUUAAAUUGAUUACUUUCGACGAUGGGGAAUAUUCGCUAAGAGAAUUUAUACAGAAAUAUGAUAACGGGCAUCCUGAACAAGACUUUGAGGUAGCGGAGUUCGAUAUAGACAGAAUAUAUGUAUUUCUGAUCAGUACAAGCGGUACAACGGGCAGCGUUAAAAUAGCAGCGUUCAACCACAAACCAUUCAUGAUAAAAACGUUGGGAUUUUUAAAACUGCAUAAUAUACAAAAGCUUAAAGGCGGAAGGUCAUUAAACCUGUCCCCCGUGCAUUGGAUUUCGAAUGUUUUUUCGACCACGUUUACGCCUCUCGUGGGCGACACAAUGGUUCAAACGUCGACGCCGGAUGAUCCCGACCAUAUAAUUGAUAUUAUCAACAAAUACAAACCUGCAAAAGCCCUGUUCAGCCCUACCCUUAUGUCAUUAAUGUUGAGUCGGAAGGAUGAAGUGGACCUCACGUGCUUUAGGAGCAUUAGUCUCACUGGAUCCAAAAUCUACCCAGAUGUUUUAAAAGGAUUUAGGGAACUUUUAUCGAAAGAUGCGAUUGCUAUGGAGGCGUAUGGUCAAACAGAGAUGAUAGGGCCUGUUCUAACACCGAACGCUAAGGGACCAAUUGGCAGUUGUGGAAGUGGACCUCUACUGGGCUACUGUGUUAAGUUAGUAGAUGUCGAUAGUGGUAAAGAAAUUAAAGAACCGAACGUGACGGGUGAGCUGUGGGCUAAAGGUCUAGGCUUUACGGAAUAUUACAAUGAUCCAGAGGAAACUGCAUUGGUGUUUUCAGAGGACGGAUAUUUCAAAACUGGCGACUUGCUUUAUCGAGAUGAGAAUGAUAACUAUUACUUCGUCGAUCGUAUUAAAACGCUGAUCAAAUACCGAAAUUCUCAUGUGUUGCCGACGGAGAUAGAACAAGUGAUAAGCUCGCACGCGGGCGUGCGGGCGGCGUGCGUGGCGGGGCGGCGCGACGCGGCGGACGGGGAGCGGCCCGCCGCCUGCGUGGUGCGCGCGCCCGGGAGCGCCGUGUCCGCGCGGGAGAUUUGCGACCUCGUAGCCAGUAAGUUAUCCAAGAACAAAGAGCUACGCGGUGGAGUCGUGUUCGUAGACAGUUUACCUUAUACGUCUACGGGGAAGAUCGCCAGAGGCAAAGUUAAACAGCUUAUCGAAAACUGCAAGUGAAAUUAACAAAAACAGUUCCAUAUUUUCAGUCGACUUUAGAAAAGGAGGAUAAUCAUUUCGGCUGAAUUUUCUUUGAUGUAGUUGGAAUCGUGAGAAUUCGCAUUUCUCUAAAUGGCGUUGUGUCAUUUAGGCGGGCUAUUUAAUUUUGUUAUAUAUUUUAUUUGUAUUUAGAGAUACGAUAUGGCAUGCAUAAAGGAAUAUAUUAAAUAAUUUUAAGAAAUAUAUAAAUGUACAUUGUGAUAUUUAUUUUCUAGUAUUAUUAUUAUUGUUAAAAUAAAUAUACUUUAAGGAUUAAAAGGUUAGGAUGAUGACAGUUUGAAUGAAUUGAUGAUAACAGUU